AUACAUCGACCUGAUUUUCUUAAAACUUUAGAUCACCCAACUGGAUUAGAACUUUAUAUUUAUUACCUGCAAUAUGGAUUUGCAAUCAAAGUGCAAGAAGAACAACACAAAAGAUAUAUAAAAUUCUUUCAUAAUAGUGAUCCCAAUAAUUUUAUCAAACAGCAAGCACGGGAUCAACUCAAGAAAGAAUUAUGUGAAGCGAAUUAG